GAUCAGCAUUAGUAGUUCUGCGUGAACGUUCCACCGAGAUGGCUGGCAAAAGAAGGCACGGCGAGUCCGGGAAGCGCAAAUCGGUGAAAAUUGCCCCGUCCAAGUCAAAAAUUUCAAACGACAGCGUCUAUCCGGAUUACUCCAAGUUCCAGGUUACCUAUCCCGUAGUUUGCCGCCAACGGUACCACCAGGACAAGGUACGCUACGACAAGCAGUUCCAGUACGAGCUGAAAAUGCUGGAACUUAUGCAAAAUUCCGCCUACGACUCGAUGCGUUUUCACAGGCACGUAGCCAUCACGACCUUGUGGCCUCCGUUGCACACCAAGAAGGAAAUUGAGUACGUUCUGGACAAGUUUUUCCGGCUGCCCGACAAGCAAACGCGCCGUCUGCGUGACAUCAUGAAUGCUCCCGUUUACUGAGAGGCCAAGGGACGUUCUUUCUAAGAUUGGUGCGGAAUAAAAUCACACUUUGUUGCAAUCGGUCUA